UUCAAAGCCCGGCUGGACGAGUCUUGGCCGUGCCAGGUGUGUUGGAACCUUCCGCAGAUGCCUCCACUGUGCGUGGGCUGGACUUCCACGGCGCACACAUCGCCUCCCGCAGCCUCGGAGCGCUGCUUGCCGGGGCCAUGACAGCUUGCUCGUUGACGCACUGGGUCUCUCCGCUCCAUUAAAGGUUGUUCAAUCUGUACAAACUUGCCGUCACAAGGAGGCCACCUGAGAGACGGGGAGCUCCGACAGAGAGAAGCCGUGAUUGCUGCACUUGUGCGCCGUCGCUUUUUUACGCACACCGGAGCCUCUUUAAGUGAGACGAUACUGCAACCGAGGCAAACGCGCAGGUUUUGGACAUAAAGACGCCGUGGGAUGACUGGCACACCUUCCAUGGGUGGGAAUCACUCCUGUGCACGUCAGGGAGAUGAACCAUCACUUUCUUCUGUUUAUUAGGCCGCGCUAAUUCAGCGAGUGGAAGCAUCUCGACUGUUGAGAAAAAGCAAACAGAGCCACCAUGUCCAGAACCCUGAAGAAGAAGAAACACUGGUCUAGCAAGGUGGUGGAGUGCGCCGUGUCGUGGGGGAACCUCGGGGACUUCGGCUCCGUGGUGGAGGUCCUCGGGGGAGCCGAGGUGGGCCAGUUCCCGCACCUGGGUCAGAUGAAGCUGGACGUGCUGGUGUGCCACGUCGGGAAGCUGCCCUACUACGGAGAUGUCCUCUUGGAGGUCAAUGGGACGCCAGUCAGUGGACUUACCAACCGGGACACGUUGGCUGUCAUCCGGCAUUUCCGGGAGCCCAUUCGCUUGAAGACGGUCAAACCAGGCAAAGUAUUGAACACGGAUCUGCGCCACUACCUCAGUCUGCAGUUUCAGAAGGGCUCGCUGGACCACAAGCUCCAGCAGAUCAUACGGGACAACCUCUACCUGCGCACCAUCCCGUGCACCACAAGGCUCCCUCGAGACGGGGAGGUACCUGGGGUGGACUACAACUUCAUCAGCCUCGGAGACUUUAGAAUCCUUGAGGAGAGCGGCCUGCUUUUGGAAAGUGGUACUUAUGACGGAAACUUCUACGGGACCCCAAAGCCGCCCGCCGAGCCCAAUCUGGUCCAGCCGGAUCUGGUGGACCAGGUCCUGUUUGACGAGGAUUUCGGCGGCGAGGUACCACGCAAGCGCACCACCUCAGUCAGCAAAAUGGACAGGAAGGACAGCGCCGUUCCCGAGGAGGAGGAUGACGACGAGAGGCCACCGCUGGUCAACGGUUUGCCUGAGCACAAGGCCGACUGGAGGCGAGCCGUGCCCAGCUACGCCCAGUCUAGUAGCACCAUGGACUUCCGCACGUGGAGCUCACUGCCGCGUGACGACAGCCUGGAGCCGCUUCCGCUCAACUGGGAGAUGGCUUACACCGAGACCGGAAUGGUCUACUUCAUAGACCACAACACUAAGACAACCACGUGGUUGGACCCCCGCUUGGCCAAGAAGGCAAAGCCCCCUGAGAAGUGUGAGGAUGGAGAGUUACCUUACGGCUGGGAAGAAAUUGACGACCCGCAGUACGGCACAUACUACGUUGACCACAUCAACCAGAAAACUCAGUUUGAGAACCCAGUCCUGGAGGCCAAGAAGAGGCUGAGCCAGGGGACGGCCAUCAUCCAGAAGGCUGCAGUGUCUCAUGUCAAAAGCACCGUGCCAGGCUUCACUGCCGACCCGAGCCAGCUGAAGGGUGAGUUGUACCGCACGGCGCUGAAGAAGAGCUCCCAGGGUUUUGGCUUCACCAUCAUUGGGGGUGACCGCACCGAUGAGUUCCUGCAGGUGAAAAAUGUGUUCAGCGACGGCCCCGCAGCCCACGACAACAAAAUGGCGUCAGGUGACGUAAUCGUGGAGAUUAACGGGCUAUGUGUUCUGGGAAAGACCCAUCCGGAGGUGGUGCAGAUGUUUCAGUCCAUUCCCAUCAACCAGUAUGUGGACAUGGUCCUGUGUCGCGGGUACCCUCUUCCCCCAGAUGUGGACAUCGACAGCGAUGACCCUCUCCCGCCUCCCCCUCCGCCGCCGACCAACCAACCCCAACAGGCUUUACACGGCGGUGAAGUGGUGACCGCCGUGCCGCUCAUCAACGGGCAGCCGCUGCUCGUAAAGGGCGACGUCCUCCAUGGCUCUUCACAGGAGCUCCACUACGUCACCACGGACUCCAGUGGCCGGCCGGUGGUCGCCGCCUUGCCCAACGGGAGGCAGGGUGAACUGGGGGAGUCAGCCGCCACAAUGCUGCAGCCAGAGCUGGUGAGCGUGCCGCUGGUGAAGGGGCCGGGAGGCUUCGGCUUCGCUAUUGCCGACUGUCCGCUGGGUCAGAAGGUGAAGAUGAUCUUGGACGCCCAGUGGUGCCGAGGCCUUCAGAAGGGAGACGUCAUCAAGGAAAUCAACAGGCAGAAUGUGCAGACGCUGAGCCACGCGCAGGUGGUGGACAUUCUCAAAGACUUCCCAGUGGGCAGCGAGGUCAACGUGCUUGUGCUCCGUGGGGGUCAAACAUCUCCAGUGAAGAGUCUCAAGCCUAGGCAGGAAAUGACUGCCAGCACGGAGACUUUGGACGCUCUCAUCGACUCCACCCCCCAGGCGCUACCUUACCAUUCCAAUACUAGCACCCUGCGUGCCGCUGCUGACUCCCCCAAGCGGGACGCCACGGAGUUAUACCUAAAAUCCAAAGCCCUGCUGGAGAGCCGUCAGCCCCACACCAAAGACAUUGAUGUUUUCCUCAAAAGAGACAUUGAGACAGGCUUUGGCUUUCGUGUUCUGGGCGGAGAAGGUCCACAACAGCCAAAUGUCUUUCCCCAGGUCUACAUCGGGGCCAUCGUGCCCAAUGGGGCGGCGGAGAAAGACGGUCGUCUGCGGGCGGGAGACGAGCUCAUCGGCAUCGAUGGCGUGAUGGUGAAAGGUCGCUCGCACAAGCAAGUACUGGACCUGAUGACGAACGCCGCCCGUAACGGUCAAGUGAUGUUGACUGUGCGAAGGAAGGUCAUCUAUAGAGAUGCCACAGAGGAGGAAGCUCUGGAAAUGGCUUCCACGUUGGUGAACGGUUCCCCCAAACUACCUCGGCUGCCAAUGCCCAGCGCUCUAGACCACGAGUCUUUCGACAUCACACUCCACCGCAAAGACACGGAGGGUUUUGGCUUCGUCAUCCUAACAUCCAAGAGCAGACCCCCGCAUGGAGUUAUCCCACACAAAAUCGGCCGCAUCAUAGAAGGGAGCCCAACCGACCGCUGCGGCCUGCUACACGUCGGCGACCGCAUCUCCGCCGUCAAUGGACGCUCCAUCCUUGAGCUAUCACACAACGAUAUCGUCCAGCUCAUCAAGGAUGCUGGCAAUGUGGUCACUCUCACCGUGGUCCCCGAGGACGAGUACAAGGGUCCUCCAUCUGGAGCAAGUUCUGCUCGACAGAGUCCAGCUCUUCAGCAUCGAGCCAUCGGACAACGGUCUGCGCUACAGGAUGAGCGCUACAACCUCGACCUGGAGGACAAACGGGACGGAGCCUCCUGGUCGGAACAUAAAACCAUACCGGUGGAGCAGGGGGCGCUGUGUGUCACAGGACCCAACCAGGGCUGUCUGACUGUGGAGCUGGACAGAGGACCAAGAGGCUUCGGUUUUAGCCUCCGAGGGGGCACCGAGUACAACAUGGGGCUGUACAUUUUGAGACUGGCUGAAGACGGGCCCGCCCAGCUGGACGGAAGGAUCCAUGUCGGGGACGAGAUUGUGGAGAUCAACGGCGAGCCGGCUCGAGGCAUUUCCCACACACGCGCCAUCGAGCUGAUCCAAGCUGGAGGAAGUAAAGUGGUGCUGCUGCUCCGACCUGGGGCGGGCUUGACUCAAGAUGGUAGUCAAAAACGCAUUUCACCCUCAAACUACACCGGGGAGGUGUUUUUUCCGGACACGUCACCCCUGUCUUCUUCAUAUUCCACCGGGGCUUCCAUCCAUGUGUCCCCUCCUUACUCCGGCAGACUGAAACACUCCCGCAGCUGGAGCGCCACGUCCCCGCGAGACCUGCGGCGCCACAGCAGUAAGGCUUUGAGCUCGGUGGAGGAGCAAGAUGAGUGGCGAGGAGACAAGGAGAUGGAGACGGCUGAGAAGACAACCAGCAUGAAAGAGCGCAGAGAACUGAGCAGCCCAAAGAAAGCAGCGGAGACAUCACAUCAAGCCAAAGACCAGCCUCGCAGCCCCAAGAAGACGGAGAGCCAGGCGCCAAUAGCAGCACGGAACGACAAGAAGGUAACUAGAGUGAGAUCCGCAAGCAUGGGGGAGGCGAGCCGGGCUAGCAACCUCGAUCGGAGACACAAGGACUCCAGAAGCAGUGACAACUUGCGUCAUGGCAACAGCCGAAAGUCCAACCUUGAGACUAGAGGACACCCAACGUCCAAAACGAGGCAUGAGGCAACAAGUUUUAAAGAAAGAUCUCUUCAUUCUCCUCGAGAAAGUGAACGAGGUUCUAGUCGGGACUCGAGCCAUGUCAAGGACCAGAGUGCAGAGGACAGGAAGAGACAUAAAGAGACUUCCUUCAAAGAUUCAGUACUUUCACCAAGCGAGCCAAAGGGAAGAAACUCCAAAAAACAAUCUAGCAAGGAAGACCCUGUGGCCUCCGUUAGCAGGACUCCCAAGAGCCCUCAGAGCUCAAAGGCGCCCAUCAGCCCUGGCGAAUGGAAGGUACCCAGCCAAGCCAGAAUCCUCUCCCAGGCUGAAGUCCUCCGUGAUCCCUUUUGACAAAGAUGAUUCUGUACUCCGGAUUCUCCGUGCCAUCCUUUGUGGAUUGUUUUGAGCUCUUCCAGUAAAGGUGAUACCACGUGCCACUUUUUCGAAGCCUUUGGUCCUUUUUUUGGGUGUGGUCAACCUGGAAAAGCACCAGUGGUGUGUAGCAGCCUCCUCUUCUGCCUCCAUUCUCUACUUCAGUAUCUCAGAGCUCGGACGUCUUGCCAUGUGAAUUUGUGCCAACACGAUGGAAGAGCAGCACCUCGCCCAUGACAAUGCAUCCAUCUGCUCAUUAUGCAAGGUGAGGAGGAAAGGUCAUAGGGCAAUAUUUUUUAUUUGUACUCUCAUUUCCUGAGCUGCUUGGCUCAACCGCAUGCAGUCCACUUGUCUUUGUUAGCGCACGUCUUACAGACACCGCUUUCCCGAUCCUCAUCCCCAAGCUGGGCCAAUUUGAGACUGUUCUCCACUCUCUUCCCUACGCGCUGCAUCCUCCAAAUGACCAGAAACUUGUGCUUUUUUCAGAUCUACUUUACCGAGUGUAUGAUAGCCAAAACAAAGGAAAUGAUAAAAACAGAAAAGAAAAAGGCUGGAAAAUGUGUUUAUGGUAGAUUAUUUCUCUAUUGACAGUGUCUGACAAUACAUUUUACACAUAAGCCGCACCCACUUUAAAGGGAAAAAAAUGUGUACAUACGUAUGUACGUAUAUACAGUAGUCUAAAACAUUGGAUAUUUACACAGAAAGACACACUAUAAACCUUGAAAUCCUACCUCAACUCGAUGUUCCCAGUGUAGCGUGAGCUCUUUUUUCCACUGGAAUUCAACAGCUGUAGUAAUUUACUUGAUCAAACUUACCUAAGAUUUGUCAGAUCAGAAAUUAAAGACGUGACAAUUCAAUUCACUACAGAAAUGUACUAUUUGUUCUAUUAGCCAUAAGUUAGCCAAAUCAAUGUUUAAGUAGCAGUUUUCAAAGCAUGUGAAAAAAAGUACCAACUAAUAGUCUGGAAUGUAUGGUAAGUCUUAGCCUGUGUUCGAAACCGCAUAUUUACCUACUACUCAUACUAACUAUUUGUGUAUGUAGUGUGUCUACACUGGCGGUACGCGAGAAGUUCCCGGAUGUAUACUGCAUUCGCCAGAAAUGUUGACUAUGUAUCAUUAGCUUACUACUCACACUCAAAUUACCCAGGAUGCAACGCGACGUGACGUCACCGCGAAACAAAAAAAAAGCAGUGAUUUAUCACUAUGUUUUUUUUGUAUGAGAAAAGUAUGGGGGUGUUUUAUUUUGUGAAAAUAACUGAAAGUGCGUUGCUCACUUUGGCUAGCGUAAAUUUUGCCAAAUUCGUCCCAACAAAAUUGUAAACGGUUGGUAGUUGUACAAAUAAAUGGCACACUCGGGAUAUAAACGGCCACAUUCUCACCUGAUUUUUAAAAAAAAAUCUCAAAGUUAUGUAUUUAAAGAGUUUAGCGCUAAAGUGAAAUCAGUUAGUAUGCGGUUUCGAACACAACGUAAGAAUUCCCAUACUAGUCUAUUAGAAUUGCUUUAGCUUUAUGCUAAUGAGUCGUGUUUGUCCAUGCCGGUUUCUGACAAUGUCUUCAAGAAGUACUAUGUACUUUAUUCACUUCUUACAUACUGUACUAUAUACUCGUCCGACACAAUAGAAGCCAUAUAUCAUAUACAAAAACGUAACAUUAAAGGGUGGGACAGAAGGACACAAAUGUUAGCAACACAAAUGUUAGCUACUGUUUGGGAGCUACAGUGCUAGCAUCAUGCUAGCUUAACAUAUUUGCUGAAAAAAACCCAAAAUAAUCAAACUUACAGCUCCCACAUCUGAAGCUGACUGAUGGAUCGUUGGCACAGUUCCACGCUUUAUUUCAGAAUUAUAAUCCUCUGUGAAGUGGCAGGUGUAUAAACAUGGCAAGCCUACUUUUCUCAAGUGGCUCCAUGACAAUGGAGGUUUUUCCUUUAUGACAACUGUAUGAGCUCCAGUCAACCAUUAUAGUCACAUUUUAACAUCACCGUGCAAGGAUUUCAGGAUUAUUUACUAUGAAUGUGCGCCCACCAUAAUUUUAUUUCUAUUAAAAUUCCAUUAGAUCAGCAGUGAUCCAUUUGAUCACAGUUUAAGAAUCCAUGAUAUACAACAUAUUGGUGAAAAAAACACUAUUCCAAUAAGAGACACAAUCUACCAAACACUUUUGCCAACUGUUUUAUGUUUCUGUGAAGCUCCUUGUACGUGUAGCUAAGUCCAUGUUUUAAUAUAAACCUUGUCCCCAUGGUUCAUUCUAAGGGUACCAGAGUGGUUCCAAUGUGCUGUAGGAAACAAACCCUGCACAAAUCUUUGUACUUCAUGACAUUGUAGAGCUCACAUGCAAUGUUUGCUGACAAUAUCUCAUUGUGAAUCAUAAUUUGCAUACAUAUAUAGUAUUAUACCGUUUACACAUUUGGAUCUUAAUGAGGUUUUACAUAGAGCUACAACAUGCAAAAGCGAGAAUUGAAUUGGAAAGUUGAAAAGUUUAAGACCAUUGCUCAAAAAAAAAUCACAAAAAUCUCUCCAAACCAGGACAAAUCUCAGUCGGACUCAGUAAUGAGUAGCUAGUUUUGGGCGUGCUUGAUGCGAGUGUUUCCAGGAGGCUAUUGUAAACAAUCCUCCAAAAUGGCGAAGGGCAUUAACUAUCUGGAACCGAUUUCGAGCCAUUUCUAUAAACUUCCCUUGCCGUCUACCCCCAAAUGUUCUCGAUGGGAAUUGAACCAGGGGAACAUGCGGUGCGGUCCAAAAGAUGGUCAAGUGGUCAUUGUGACCAGCAGUGUUGUCCUGUUAAAAAUAAACAGCCCGCUAAUCAUCCGCCGUUUGACAACCCUGCACAACCUGAAGCUCUGAUGUUCCACUGAAUGGAAAAAGCACCCCAAAUCAUGAUGGACCAAAACACGUUUAUUGUCUCACUCCCCUUUGUUGCUUUUGCAUAUUGUAGCUCUACUUAAAUAUAAAUAAAAUAUAAAAUACACACAUCUUAUGUGUAUAUUUAUAUACACAAGAAUGUCAUGUUAUGUUUUGCUAAAGUAUUAAAGUCCACUGCACUGCAUUUGCCCCCGUAGCAUAAAAGAUAUUUAAUAAUUUGUGAUCUUGAUGACUUUGGUUGCCAAUGCCAUAUUAUAUAUAGAUAUAUAUAUAUAUACAGUAUAUAUUUAUUUUUCUGUUUAAGGACAGUUUAUGUAAUAGUGUUCAACCUGUGAGUCAUGUCGCUGCCUACUGAGGGGGAAAAAAAGACGAGAUCUUUUCGGGGUGUGUGUCAGUGCUGCUGGUUGAUUUUUUUUGUGUAAAAGUCACAGAUGCUGAUCUCAGCCUGUUAUGUAACUUACGGCUUUAAAACGGACUUAGAAAUGGCAGGUUUUUGCGAAUGAAUAUGAUAGUAGAGCGGCUCAGAAGGGAAGAGGGUUUGCAGUAUUCUUUUGUUCUCUAACAUUUCUAACAUGUGAGGGUAGCACAUUUGCAUAAAUGGGAUAAAAAUGGGAAAUAAUUGUACAUUAAAAAAAUAAUAAUAAAAUGUCAUUGGCUGGAAAACCACGGUUGAAACUAGGCUAGCCCCAAGUAUGGCGUAACAAUACAAUAGUAAUGUAAUAUUAGGAAAAAAAUAACAUAUACUGUACAUAUGAUAUAUAACAAGCAUCAGUAUCAAUAUCUGAUUUUUGUAUUGAUACCAUGUGAUCAGUAUUUUUGUUGAUUUCCUCUGAAUUCAAACUUUUUAAUGAAACAUAAUUUAUUUGCAUCCAAUAAUGCAAUAAUUUGGAAUUUUUUUGUCUGCUUUUUAAAACUACAAUCACAUACUCGGAAUUCAAAAUGACAAGUCAAAUUUGUGACAACUGGCCAAUAAAAACAUGAACUGCGGGCCCUUGUGCCAUGGUUUGGACACCCUUGAAAAUUGUGACUUUGAAGCAGCCCUCUUCAGUUUAUCUGAGCUGACUCCAGGUCGAGUGGACAAGGUAUUCAGGUGAGCUCAGGGAAACAUAGCGUUGUAGCAAAUACAGCAUGAGAUCCGGCGGCAUCAAACAGUGCGCUUGACUCGAAAAAACCACCAGACUUUCAACUUAAAAGACGCACUGUGAAGCAAUCUGUGACUUUUUUUGUGCAAUACUUCGUUGGGCUGAAGGAAGCAUCUGGUAUGAUAUAUUUGCUUGUUUGAGCUUUUUUUUUUUUUUUUUUCAUUUUCUAUCUCAUCCUUGUAUCAUCCUGUGGCCUUGCAUCGCUUCGGUAGGAAACAAUCUCUGUGCUUAUCUUCUACAUUGUGUAGGAACAGUAGAUGUAAAUGUUUGUACAUUGUACAGCACCUUUCUAAAUACUCGCUCAGCGCUCUUUCGGGUAGGGGGAGAAAGAAAAACAAAACAGAGGUAUAUUAAUGAAAUUGCCCCAUUAUUUUUUUAUGUAAAAAGAAAAAAAAAAGAUAUUUAAAAAUGGAUUGAAAAGGAUCUUGACAUGGUGUUCUGUUCAUGCACUGAAUAAUAAAGUUUUACUGACUACACCCUGGGUGUCCAAACUUUUUCAUACCAAUAUAGUAACACACACGAGCACAAGUCUUGUCUUAUUUUCUUUUAUUAUGUUUACUAUAUUGGGUGUAAAUGUGCCUAUAGGGGUGUUAUUUCAUCUCUAGAGGGCUCUAGUAAUUAAACUGAUUUAGAAGUUAUUUUUUAUUAUUUUUAUUAUUAUAAUAUUUUUUUCAAUUAUAUUAUUAUUAUAAUAUAAUAUAAUUAUAAUCAUUUUUUUCUAAAUAUUCCGUUUAGAAAUAAGGAAUCAGCUCCCAAAAAUGUACUUGUCACAGUUAACCACAAUAAACAAUAAACUAUAUAUGCAAGUAGUAUAUACAAUUAAGUAUAUAUUAAGUAUAUACAAUAAAAAUCAAAUAAAUAUGUGCUGAAAAUGAUAGCUUAUUUGUUAUUUAUAGGAAUAAAUUAAGCAUUGCUUUAAUUUUAAAAGUUCAUGUAACAACAGUCGUCCCUGGUGUUAACUAUUGGCGGAAAAGGAAUCGGACAUGUUGCACAUGUCAAAGCACUAUAACCCUGUUGCUAUGUCAGAUGUCCUGUUGUCAUGGUAACUGACUUGCUUUCACCACAGAGGUAAGAGAGCUUUUUAUUCUUCAAUCGUGACAAAAUUUGAACAUUUGAAGAUGUGUCUGGAAAGAAUGACAAGUUAAAUGAUGUUUUUAUGAGUAUAAAUGAUGGGGAUUGGAUACAAAACAUGAAGUAUAUCUUUACAUAGCAUAUGAGUUGAGAGAACGUCAGGAUAUUUCAAGGCUUUUGGUGUGACUGAUAAAUAAAAUAUGUGCUUUUAUCCUGACGAAACAGAUAUUCCCAAGCACACGAUUGUGUCAGUGGUGAAUGUUGCUGUGAAUGAGCACCAUUAUGUUCACACACACGGCCAUUUAUAAUUACCCAAGGCAAGCAGACAAGGAGCCCUAAUGGCUGUUUAAUGGCAUAACGAGUAUCAAGUAAUUGCAUAUUUCAUGUUGUUCAGCAUGGAAAUACUCUAGAAGGCAAGUGACUUGUGUUGCAGCUACUAUAAAACUGUAAAUAAGGUGAUGUAUAUUUCAUAGAAAUAUUGUUAAAUAGACAGAAGCAAAUACUGGUGCAUUUGAGGCCUAAUUUAUGGUUUGGAAUGGUUUGGAAUGGUUUGGAUUUGAGAAAAACAACACACUCAACCCGGUAACGGCAUACUCAAAUGAUACUCGAAGUUUACUCCAAGACGCCUUACAAUUUAAUACAUGUAAAGUACGCCCGCUCUGGAUGCAUAGAAAAUUGAUUAACACUUUACAAUGAGGUACGCAAAGUUACAGUAGUUGAUGAGCAACAAGCCUAGCUUAGCUAACCACUACUCAUUCGUUCAUUAGUUCUUUUUCUGUAUUUUUGUGUACCUUUUGGUAAAUUAAACAAUAUUUAAUCAUAAUUAAUCACAUGUGGCCUGUAGUUAACUCAAUUAAUUACAAUUAAUUGCACACUUCAUUUUGAAACACAAUUACACACACUUUAAUCACAAUUUUCUAGGUAGCCUGGAAAUAUGACACCACAGGUAUUCCAAUUGUCAUCGUAUUGCAUACAACGAAAUUUGAGUGCAACUCCACGGUGUAUUUUGUAG